GCUGAGCGCGGCACCGCUGGCCCCAGGGGCGGAGCCGGAAGUGGGGCGUUGAGGUCUCCACCUCCUCGUCCGUGAGCCGGCCGUUCCCCCGCUUCUGUUCCUAGUCCCCCCGAAGUCACAGCCUGAUUCCCGGAGGCCCGAGCCCUUAGUCUGGGCGGGGUGGCGCGGGCCGGAAGGACGCCAUCCCGGCCUGGGCCAUGGAGGCUCCCGCACCGUCCCUCACGGAGGAGGAUUUGACUGAAGUGAAGAAGGACGCUUUAGAGAAUUUACGUGUUUACCUGUGUGAGAAAAUCAUAGCUGAGAGACAUUUUGAUCAUCUACGUGCAAAAAAAAUACUAAGUAGAGAAGACACAGAAGAAAUUUCUUGCCGAACUUCAAGUAGAAAACGGGCUGGGAAGUUGUUAGACUACUUACAGGAGAACCCCAGGGGCCUGGACACCCUGGUGGAAUCCAUCCGCAGGGAGAAAACACAGAGCUUCCUGAUUCAGAAGAUAACGGAUGAGGUGCUAAAGCUUCGGAAUAUAAAACUGGAGCACCUCAAAGGCCUGAAGUGCAGCAGCUGUGAGCCCUUUGCAGCCGGAGCCACCAACAACCUCUCUAGGUGCAAUUCCGAUGAGAGCAAUCUCUCUGAGAAACAGAGAGCAUCCACUGUCAUGUACCACCCGGAGGGAGAGUCCAGCACGGCUCCCUUCUUCUCUAUGGCGUCGUCCCUGAACUUGCCAGUCCUGGAAGUUGGCAGGACUGAAAACAGCAGCUUCUCUUCAGCCACUCUUCCUCGACCUGGGGACCCUGGGGCUCCCCCUUUGCCCCCAGACCUUCGGUUGGAAGAGGGGGGAAGUUGUGGAAACUCAAGUGAGAUGUUUCUCCCCUUACGGUCACGGGCUCUUUCACGCCAAUGAUACAUCACCGCCUAGUUGUUUUACUAGUGAUGCAAAAUGCUGUGAAGGAGGCCAUCUUUCUAUACAAACCACGGUGACAGGUCACUCACAUUCGAUGCGUGCCUUUAAAAUCAGUGUACACAUUCUCUGUAAAUAGGAUUUGUUAGGGUAAAGAAGCGCUCUGGGGCGGCGUGGUGUAAAUCAUGGUGGUCGUGACUUUUCCAUAAUGUCCUUUCUUUUUUAUUAUUUUUAGGUGUUUGCGUAUUUUGAACUUUUCAUAAGAUUAAUUUUAUCGGAAUAUUUCUCAAUUUGAGAAAACAACUUGUGGAUUGGGAAUAAUGUUUUUAGCACAUUUAUGCUACAAAUUUUCAGUCUGAUUGUUUUUCCCACUGAUCUGGCAGUAUAUUUUAGCAGUAAGCUGUUGUGUUUCAGGAAAGCUGGACACGGGAAAGCUGCCGACACACUCAGCAGUGUCCCACUCCUUAGUUCUGAGAAGCCGUCGGGUUCUGAGGAGACACCUGGUGGCACUGAGCCUGGUGACCUCAGUGGGCCAAAAUUUGUUUUAUACUCACCCUGCCAGCGUGAGUGUCUUACUUUCACAGGCCUUGUGUCCUCAGUCUUAUCUUAAAGGAUGUUAUCUUGGCAGGGCAUCACUUGUAAUUAAUGGAUGAUACUUGUAAUUGACUAAAGUCCUCGCUCUGAGCCGUUUGUUCUGGCUCCGAGAGCGCUGACAUGUGAAGCAUGGUGAGCAGCGAGGGAACUGACAGGAUGUGGCCGUGGCCAGUGUGGCUUUAGUGUUUGCAUCAGGCAGCCACCAGCUCCAUCCGUGUUCUUACUGCUUUACAAAGUUUGACUAACUUUACACAUUUUAAAAAUGCUGAUUGUCUUCGUUUAAAUUAUAAUUUUACCUAUUUCUUGACAUCUAACUCCUAUUCAUUUCUAUUAUUUAAAAAUUAAGAAAUGAAAAUUUGCUAUUAACAAUAAAGUUUUUUUAAUGUAGUGAUGUGUCUGAGUCAGAAAUUCAAAAUGUCUGAUUUUCAAAUGUCUAACGCUUUUUAAUAUACUGGUUUUAAAAAGAAAA